GCCCACUAUAAAGCUCCACGUCAGGCUACAAAAGCCGAGGACGUCUAUACAUACUUGUUCUUGUACAGGCGGGUGGAGCAAGGAAUAUAAUCAAGAAAGAGUUUGCACAGUGACAUUUGGAUCAUCAGUCAGCCUUAACAUCAAACUUUUCCUUACUCCACCUGUUUCCUGCAAACCCAAGUCUUGCCAAAACCUCCACAAUGAUGCAAAUUAGCAGUGACCCGGCCAGCAACAAGAACUCCCUCCUCAAUGUGAUGCACCGCUUCAUCGCUGCAACCAACAACAUGGAUGAGACCAUCAUGGUACCCAGCCUGUUGCGGGAUGUGCCCCUGGAGGUGCAGGAGAGCCAGCAGGUUGAGGUGGUGGAGAACAACGAGCCUCCUUACCCUAACAAGCAGAAGGACAUGUACGAGCACUACCUCCUCCUCAAGUCCAUCAAGAACGACAUGGAGUGGGGCCUGCUGAAGAGGGAGAUGAGCGGUGGGGCCAGCUUCCUGGAAAUGGCUGUCAAGCAAGAGGAGCAGCAGUUGAUAAUUGGGGAGCUCCCUGGUGAAGAGGGCUCUGAUCUGGAAGGCCAGUUCCACUACCACCUCAGGGGACUGUUUGGCGUCCUGUCAAAACUCACAGUGCAAGCAGACCACCUCACCAACCGCUACAAGAGGGAGAUCGGAGGUGGUAACUUCAUGCGAUAGGGUCACUUUUGACUGACCUUGGACUGCUUGACUCAAACACAAAGUGGUGUUAUCGGAGACUUAGUGCAACUGACCAAGGACCGGUGUACUGACCAGGGCCUGGUUUCCCAGGAGCAUCUUAAGGCUUGUUAAUGGUUAGAACCAUAGGAUCCUAUGGUUCUAAUGAUGAACUUAGCCUAAAGAUUAUUUUGGGAUACCGGGCCCUGAGCUACUUGACUUUCAAUCCUGACUUGAGUAGUGACACACCACCCCCUCUCUCGUCCCUUGCUUCCCAAAGCUCCACUAAUCAUACAUUUUAAACCAAUCUGAUUGACACCUGCACAUGUUCCUGAAUAUUUAAGGUCAUGUCUGAUUUGUUGAACUGUGCAUUGUAAGUUUAUCAGAGUUGACAUUUCAUGCUUAUUGGCUGUUUACAGAGUUGUUGGUAUCGUAUUUGGAGUCUCGUUGACUCAUGGCUCUGGUAGGUAGAUAACCGUCAGUCUUCAUUUCAAGUCCAAACAUUCAAUGUGGAUUCACGUGUAUGUCAAUGGAACUGGGUGUCUGUAUGCCAUGUCUUUUGUAAAUGUCUCUAAAAAGGUUUGACUGCAGGAGUAUUUAGAAUGCUGGUUGUUCUGUCCCUCCUUAAAAUGUAAAGCACACUUUAGCAUCUGGACUUGUUUUAAGGGCCUUUUAAUAAAUAAAAAAAAGUUAUGAUAUA